UUUGAUAACUCAUUCAUAAAAAAUAUGUGCAAAAUGAAAUUCGUUUUACUAUUGUGUAUGGUUCUUUACGUUACGGGGUUGAAUGAAAAGCAAAUGAAAGCAGCCGUAAAGUUGGCUAGAAACAUGUGCCAACCUAAAACAAAGGCUUCUAAUGAGGAUAUCGAGAAAAUGCAUAGUGGAGAUUGGAACGUUGAUCAUUCAGCUAUGUGCUACAUGUUUUGCGCUCUUAAUAUGUAUAAAUUGAUGCAUAAAAAUAAUACCUUCAAUUACGAAUCGGCUAUGACUCAAUUGGCUCAAUUACCGGAUAGCUACAGAAGUUUUGUAAAAGUUUGUAUGGAUCAAUGUCAAGAUAAAGCUGUUACUUUGAAUGAUAAAUGCGCGGCAGCGUAUGAACUUUCCAAAUGCAUGUACUUCUGCAAUCCUGAGAAAUAUUUUCUUCCAUAAGGUCUACUAUUAAUAUUAAUGUCACGGUGUCUUCGUAAAAUUUACAUCUAUACCUACUUACCUACUAAUUUUCAAUUGGGA